AUGUACCUCUCCAAGCUCUCCUCGCUCGUCGAUCAGCUCGUCCGGGUCAUCCGAGAUUCCCCCGCACACCCCUUCGACCGCUGGUGGAAUGUAUCGCGGAAAUUCUUCUUCACUCUCGCCUUCAUCUCGCUGAUCUGGGCCAAAUUCUUACACAUAUAUGCUCACCUCUACUCAUUACCACCGUCCAAAUUGCUCCUGUGGGGUCCGACCUUCUUUUUCCAGGAUGUCAUCUUUAUCCUCCUCGUCCGUCUCCUCACCCAGACCAUCCCCUGGCGACCUGGCGCCGUUUUCGCUGCACUAUGCACUGUGCCAUUCAGUUUGCUGAUGUCUGGCAUGGCGUCUUCCGCCACCUCCUUCUACGUCGUGACCGGCGCCGAGCUUCACUGGCGACAGGUCCGGACUUUUCACGGCGAUGCGGCUGCCGUUCGCACUCUGCUCACCGGUUUGACAGGGUCUCUGAUCGUGGAGGCCAUCCUAAUUGCCGCCUCCUGGUUCCUGGCUGCACCCAUACACCGAGCCACUGGCGGGGUCUUGCGGAUCUUGGGCGCGCCCUUGCAGAGGUUAGCGCAACGGAUCUGGAGUCUUCGCUGCCGGCAGUGGACGAGGAAGACCAGUCGCAUCGAUCCCCAGAGGUAUGAACAGAUUGCGGUCGACGAUUAUCUGGACGACAAGAGCGACGACGGAGACUCGGUGUUUCUGCUCGACCCGAUGAGCCACGAGACGCCGGUCAAACAUCACGAGUCGCUGGUCAAACAUCUGGCCAUCUUCGUCUUCUUUGGCGCAUUUGUGCUCCUCCGGUGCCUUCGCCCUCCCAAUCCUUCGUACAUGUUCCUGUCCUGGGCGCUUCCCGUCAUUCCAUUCUCCCCAGCGAACCGCGGCUUGUCACCGAUCGAUGCCGACCGAAUGCCGGGAGACUACAGAUGGCUGGAGAAUCGGUCUGCGCUGGAUAAGCCGCCGACGUGGGACUGGCUCCCGAGCGACCCCAUAUCCGGGUUCGAGGAUUGGUAUCCGGGAUUCGAGGACCAUCAUGGACCGCCUCAUGGACCGCAUCAUGGACCGCCUCAUCGCCGUCGUCCUCCCCCGCUGCAUUACAACCCGGCCGAGGAUCCGUUGCACAUCUCCAAUCUACAGUAUCCCGUGCUCGAACCCCUGAAGGAAGCGCUCGCCAGCGGAAACGUUAGCAUCAAACACGUUAUCCUGCUGAAAUUGGAGAGCACCCGAGCGGACGUCUUUCCGCUCCGUAAGGAAUCGUUCAUGUGGAAUCGCAUCGCCGAUUCCUACACUAACCACACCAUCCCCGAUGCCGUGGAGCACAAACUGGCCGACUUGACCCGAACAGCCGAGUACCUCACCGGGUUUGCUUGGGGCUUUUCGCGCGACCCCGCUGCACACAAUGGCCGAAAAGCGUACGGCGGCAUCAGCGCCCGCAAUGCCUUCACCACGGGCACCUACACGCUCAAGAGUCUUGUCGGAACCGUCUGCGGCGUUACUCCACUGGUGACUGAUUUUAAUCGCGAGUACAAGCAUCACAUCUACCAACCGUGCAUGCCGCAUGCCCUCAACGCCCUGAACCAUCAGAUUGAACUCAUGAAUACGACUGGGGAUUUCACCUCGUGGCCGUGGCACUCCAAGUGGAUGCAGUCUGUGACCGAGGGCUACGACAAGCAGAACGAGUUGACCCCGCGACUGGGUUUCAAGGACAUUCUCGCCAAGGAGCGGCUCGAAGACCCCAGCGCCAAACACUAUCUGGUCAAAUCCAAGGAGAUCAACUACUAUGGAUACCCCGACACCGAGCUGCGCGAGUACUUCCGCGAUGCUAUCGAUGACGCCGAGCGGGAGCACAGGCGACUCUUCAUCACCCAUCUCACCGGUACGACUCAUCAUCCGUGGGGAAUGCCGAACAACAGCUACCAGCAGUUCAUGGGCAACCAGAAAUUCARGGCCAAGGAUGAUCUCAACAAGUAUCUGAACACCAUCGGUUUCAUCGACAACUGGCUGGCGGAGAUCAUGGACAUUCUGCAGGAGAAGGGCGUUGCAGACGAGACCCUGCUCGUCAUGGCCGGCGAUCACGGAUUGUCUCUUCCCAACGACGGAGGCGUCACUCCCUACGACAAUCCGCAUAUUGGCAGCUUCCAGGUUCCCAUUGUAUUUGCUCACCCCAAGCUCCCGCCCGUGGAGAUCACAUCCCCCGUGAUCUCGGACCAGAUUGUGCCGACGAUCCUGGACCUCUUGAUYGAGACCUCUUCGCUGGAAGAAAAGGCCACCCGUGCGGCCAAGGAUAUGCUGUCCAUCUAUGAGGGCCAGUCGAUGAUUAGACCUUUGAUCACAGAGAAGGAUGGAAAGCAAGACUGGCAGUUCACCGUGAUGAACACAGGCGGGUCCUGGCUGGCGGUGCGCUCCGCCGCCAAACCAGCCUAUCGGCUCGUCAUCCCCCUCAUCGACGAUCUGGAGUGGCGGUUCACGGAUCUCGAAAAGGACCCCAACGAACUGCACCCGAUCAAGMACUUUGACCUAGUUGACCUGGCCCGCAAACUCCAAACACAGUACGRCUCCGAAGUGACCGACUGGGUCCGGGACGCGGCUCAUGUUGCCUCGUGGUGGGUGGGAGAAAACUGGCGUYGCUACCGGUAUCAUCCCAAGCCCAAGCGAUGA